AUGUUAGCGACGGAUUUGACGGUGAGGAAGCGUGACGGCUCCCUGCAGAGUUUUGAUGCCAAUAAGCUCUUUGCACGUAUCGAGCGUGUGUCCCAUGGACUGGACCCGAAUUACGUGGAUGUUAAGAUUUUGACGGAGAUAGUAGUGGGGGGCGUACAUGACGAAAUCUCCACCGUUGAACUGGACAAGCUCAUUGCGGAGACUGCGGCCUACUCGGUGACAAAACACCCGGACUAUGGUCUUAUGGGUGGUCGUCUUUGUGUGACGGCACUGCAUAAGACAACUUCAGCGUCCGUGCUGGAAACAUUUUCUAUUCUUCACAAACACAAGAUUCACGAUACAGGUCGUGCGGCUCCUCUUUUGUCGGAUGAAGUGUGGGAAGUCGUUCAACGGCACCAUGAGCAACUUCAGCGUAUGGUGAAUUAUGACCGAGACAUGCGAUUUGAGUUCUUUGGUUAUAAAACACUUGAACGGUCAUACUUGCUGCGGGUGGACAGAGGACGUGGCGAAAGGGAAAUUGCUGAGCGUCCGCAGCAAAUGUUUUUGCGCGUCGCUCUUGGUAUUCACGGUGAAGAUAUGGAGCGCGUAAAGGAGACAUAUGACCAUAUGUCUCUUGGGGACUUCACACAUGCCACACCGACAUUAUUCAAUGCCGGAACGCCUUUUCCUCAAAUGAGUUCUUGUUUUCUUGUUGCCAUGCGGGAGGACAGUAUUGAGGGGAUUUAUGAUACAUUGAAGCAAUGCGCCGUUAUAAGUAAAUCAGCUGGUGGCAUUGGCGUCCACGUGCACAAUAUCCGCUGUUCCGGGAGCUACAUUGCUGGGACAAAUGGCCAGUCAAACGGACUUGUACCGAUGCUACGUGUUUGGAAUAACACGGCGCGCUAUGUAGAUCAGGGGGGUGGCAAGCGUAAAGGCGCCUUUGCCAUCUACUUAGAGCCUUGGCAUGGUGAUAUAUUUAAUUUUCUUCUUUUGAAGAAAAAUACGGGUAAGGAAGACCAUAGGGCGCGAGAUUUGUUUUACGCUCUUUGGAUUCCUGACCUAUUCAUGGAGCGUGUGAAGAGCGGAGGCAAGUGGACGCUGAUGGACCCGCAUACGGCGCCAGGACUGAGUGACUGCUAUGGUGAUGAUUUUAAAAAGUUAUACGAGGGGUAUGAAAGGGAGAAUCGAGGCGUCAAGACCGUGCAGGCCCAAUCCCUGUGGUUUGCCAUACUCGAAUCGCAGAUGGAAACGGGCGUCCCUUUCAUGCUUUACAAGGACGCAUGUAACCGUAAAUCAAAUCAGAAGAAUGUUGGAGUCAUCAAGUGCUCGAACCUUUGCACAGAGAUUAUAGAGUAUACAUCAAGGGAUGAGGUCGCGGUGUGCAACCUUGCCUCCAUUGCACUUCCACGCUUUGUGGAUAAGGAGAGAAGAAUUUACGACCACCAGCGGCUGUAUGAGGUCACGAAAAUUGUCACAAAAAAUCUUAAUCGAGUGAUCGAUCGUAACCAUUAUCCUGUACCCGAGUCGCGCCGAAGCAACGAGCUCAAUCGUCCCAUUGGAAUUGGCGUGCAAGGAAUGGCGGAUACUUUUAUCCUGAUGCGGCUACCAUUCACAUGCCAGGAGGCGAGGACUUUGAAUGAAGAUAUUUUUGAAACGAUUUACUACGGUGCUGUGGAGGCGAGCGUGGAACUCGCGGAAGUGGAGGGGCCCUAUGCGCGGUUUGCAGGCAGUCCCGCGUCGCAAGGCCAGCUACAGUUUGAUCUGUGGGAGCAGAAACCGCGAAGUGGCCGCUGGGAUUGGGAUGCAUUGAAGAAGCGUAUGAUGAAAAGUGGCAUGCGGAAUUCGUUACUGUUGGCUCCAAUGCCCACUGCAUCCACUUCGCAGAUACUUGGGAACAAUGAGUGCUUUGAGCCAUUUACCUCAAAUAUCUACGUGCGCCGAGUGCUGAGUGGUGAGUUUCCUGUGGUUAACAAGUACCUUGUGAUGGAUCUCAUUAAGCGGGGUCUGUGGAACGAAGAGAUGCGCAAUCAGAUCAUUGCCUACAAUGGCUCGGUGCAAAAUAUUAGGGGCAUUCCAAAUGACCUCAAGGAGCUGUAUCGUGUUGUGUGGGAGAUUCGGCAGAAGGAUCUCAUCGAGAUGGCUGUGGACCGUGGCAAGUUCAUUGACCAGAGUCAAAGCUUGAAUCUAUUUUUGGAAAAUCCAACUUCCAGCCAGCUGACAUCCAUGCACUUUUUUGCCUGGGAACGUGGCCUAAAGACGGGCAUGUAUUACUUACGGAGCAAACCGGCUGCGGAUGCAAUCAAAUUUACCGUUGAUCCAAAUACCUUAAAGGGACUUGUGAAGGAAGAUGAUCGAAAACAAGUAUCCUCCGCGACACCGAGUAAUGAGGAUUGCUUGAACUGUGGCUCGUGA